UUUUUUUGGAGGAGAGUAGCUCAGACUAUUCCAAUGUGUCAGUAAUGUCCAGUGAAAUUAGCGGUAGUGCUCCCGAAAAUGAUACGGUGGAAUGUGAUAGUGCGCUUGAAAUAAAAAAAUGGGCUAUAGAAAAUAGGGUGUCCCAUAAUGUAGUUACACAUCUACUUCAAGUGCUUAGGAGAAUAGGCGUCAAAGAUUUGCCCCUGUCAGCUAAAACUCUUUUUAAAACAAAUAAAAAAAAAGCUGUGAUUCAAUCCAUUCCAAGUGGGGAAUUUUUAUAUCGCGGUAUCCAAUACCAUUUUAAAAUAGGCGCAUUUGCUUUUCUUCACGAUAAGGAUGAAGUACAAAUUGACGUAGGCAUUGAUGGGCUUAAGUUGUAUAACAGUUCAAGUAAAGUUUUGUGGCCCAUCCUUGGAGCAAUCGUUGGCUUUCCAAACGAGUACCCUUUUACCAUUGCUUGCUUUUCUGGGACGGAAAAACCGUGGAACGUCAAUGAUUACUUAAAAGAUUUUUGUGAGGAAGUAAUUUAUUUGAAAGAAAACGGACUUCAAGUGGGAUCAAAUCCCAUAAAGAAAAAGUUUGAUAUCCGUUUAUUUUGCUGUGAUACACCUGCCCGUGCCUUUGUCACAGGUGUACAGUCUCACAAUGGUAAAAAUAGUUGCUCAAAGUGUGAUCAAGUAGGAAGUUAUGUAAAUAAAAGGAUUUGCUUUUCGAAAAAAGUUCAUAACCUACGCUCUGAUGUUUCUUUUAAAUAUAGAGCAGAACCGGCACAUCAUAGUUCUACUUUUAGAACUUGCGAAAGCAUUUUAGAAAAAUCAGGUUUUAAAAUGGUGUCGCAAUUUCCACUUGAUCCAAUGCACCUAGUCGAUCUUGGUGUAACUAAAAAGUUGACUCAGUUGUUAAUGAAGAGAGCUAAUGUCACUAAAAUUAAUGAAAAAAUUAAUUUUUUGUCGAAAUAUGUUCCUACAGAUUUUGGUCGCGUGUGCAGGGAUUUCAAUGAAAUCAAUAAUUGGAAAUCGACGGAAUACAGACAAUUUUUAUUGUAUAUUGGAAUUUUUGUAUUAAAAGACUGUAUUGGUAGUGAUUUUUACUUUCUCUUCCUCCUAUUGCACACUGGAAUACGGCUAUUAUCAAGCCAAAAAUCAUUACAAACUGAAGCAGACGUAGCACAGAAUAUUUUGCAGGAGUUUGUUCAUUUGUUUGGGCAAAUCUUUGGUGACUAUUUAGUUAGUUAUAAUGUGCAUGGGUUGUUGCACAUAACAGAUUGUGCUAGGCAGUAUGGAACUCUUGAUAGUUUUUCGGCAUAUAAGUUUGAAAACUAUAUGCAAUAUUUAAAGAAAAUCGUUAAAAAGCCAAACAAAAUUCUUGAGCAAAUACAUUUUAGGCUAGAAGAAGGAAAUGAUGUCGAGAAUAUUUCAAAAAUUGGUGCUUUCAAAAUUGAUCACAAAAAAGAAAAAGAUUCCUACUGUUUUAGCAGAAAAGUUGGGCCUGUCAAAAUAAUAGGUAUAGGUGAUUAUUUAAUAGGAUACAGUUUUGGCAAAUUAGAAAACUAUUUUGACCAACCGGUACAAUCUGCUCCGGCACUAGGUAUAAUACUAGGUGAUCAAUUAGGUAAUGAAGAAAUAAAAAUACCCAAAGAGGACAUUGCAUACAAAUACUUUUGCAUACCCCAUGAAGGCAAACACUUACUUAUACCAGUUCUGCAUCACCUUUUCCACGUUUUUGAAAAUUAG